AAGGUUCCAAUGCGACACCCGUAAGUGUCUCCGAACGCAAAUUUAAUAAGGAAAAAAGAUAGAAUUUAUGCUCUACGCGUCUCAUUCAUUCAUAGAAACACAUUUCGUGCCGCCGCCGUAGAGAGAAGAAAUGUGUAAAUAAUUGUCACUCGCAUGUGUUUCGUCUCAUAUGGACAAACAAGAACGAUACAUGAAAAAAAAGUAUAACAAAGAUUCCCGAUAUAAUUUCAUUCAUUCUGCUGCGAGAACUUGAGACAGACACACUAAAUUGUUAGUUAGACACCGGAACACAAAAUCGCGUGAAAUACAAAAUUUAAUAAAAAUGAUUAAUUGUCAAUUAACUACAAAUAAAUUUCAUUAACAAGUGAAGUCACGACAGCAUUUUUUCAGUGUUUGUGCAGGUUUCUUAUCAAUAUUUUUUUUUAAAAAAAUUUAAAUCAACAAAAACGAUUGAAAAACAGCCAAAACAAGUGAACAAAAUAAAAACAAGAAAAAAUUUGAAGUCAACUUUUCGCCAUGCACGUCAAAGAAAUCGCCCUUUUUGGCAUUCUCACCGGUUUCGGACUUAUUUUGCUAGUUCUGGGAAUUGUUUUUACUUUCACAUGGCCCGGAAUAUUUGACAGCAUUCUCGCAAAAGAGCUCCAAUUAACCCCAACUUCUAAAAGUUACGAUGCCUGGAAGAGCCCACCGAUAGAAUUAAGUUUAGACAUUUACUUGUGGAACUGGACGAACCCUGAAGAGUUCAAAAAUAACACAAAGCCACGAUUUGAGCAACUCGGUCCUUAUCGAUUCACAGAAAAACCGGAUAAGGUUGACAUUAAAUUCAAUCCACACAAUUCGACGGUGACAUUUCGAAGGUUGAGUCAAUUCUUCUUCGACGAGGAGGGGUCGAGCGGUAGUUUAGAUGACAUGGUGUCGACAGUGAAUGUUGUUGCGCUAUCUGCAGCGGAAAAAGCACGAUUUGCCGAUUAUAUGAAGGCCAAAAGUAUUUCUGUGGGAUUAUCGUUGUAUCAACAACAGAUAUCUGUGACAAAGACUGCGGGAGAGUUACUUUUUGAAGGGUAUGAGGAUGACAUGGUAUCAUUGGCGAAACAAUUGCCGUUCCUUGCGGGGGAAGAAGUGCCAUUCGAUCGCGUUGGGUGGUUUUAUAUGAGAAAUAAUUCUGCUGAUUUAACGGGUUACUACAACAUGCACACAGGCGAAAACAACAUGGCUGAAUUUGGUGCCCUUAAAUAUUGGAACUUUAAUGAGACAAAUGGUGCUUUCGAAGGUGAUUGUGGAAAAAUUCACGGAUCUGCUGGAGAGUUUUUCCCACCAAAACAAUCUCGGUUCGGUACAAUUUCCUUCUUUUCUCCCGACAUGUGUCGCAGUGUUCCCUUGGAUUACGAAAAAGACGUUGAGAUUCACGGUGUGACGGGUUACAAAUUCAGUGGAGGCCCACGAUCAACAGAUAACGGCACAAUUUAUCCAGAAAAUUGGUGUUAUGCUCCCGGAGAAGGCACAUACUCGGGUGUCUUGAACAUCAGUUCGUGUCGUUAUGGUACUCCAGUUUUCAUGUCAUAUCCCCAUUUCUACGGAGCUGAUUCCUUUUACACCGGUCAAGUAGAUGGAAUGAAUCCGUCGGAGGAGAAACAUCAGUUCUUCAUGACUCUCGAACCUAACACUGGUAUCCCAAUCGAUGUCGCUGCCCGAUUGCAAUUGAACCUCUUGAUAAGUCCUAAUCCAAAUGUUGGUAUCUACGCUGAUGUUCCGCGUCACUUCAUGCCGAUCCUUUGGUUUGAACAACGAGUCACCGCCACUCCUGAAUUAGCUGAAGAACUUGCUGUCGCUCUCAAAGUCCCCAUGAUCGGUCAAAUCUGCUCCAUAAUUGUCAUUGUUAUCGGUCUGAUUCUGCUUUUAUGGUUCCCUGUGACAAAACUCAUUCGUCGUCAUAUUGGUCAAGUUCAUGUGAGUGAAAAAGGAGUAGUUAAAAUUAUCACCAUGGAGGAGCUGGAAAAGCAAAAUAAGAAACAAGUUGAAAACUCACCUUUGUUAGAGAAAAAAGAUACACCACUCAAAAACGUCGAAUUUACAAAGAGCUCGAAGCAAGAUCUGCAAAAAAGUAUGGAGAAACUCCCGUUUAUCGAUAGUUGUACGGCAACUUCCAGUGAUACAAAUAAUCAAAGCAACGACAAACCUUCAACCAUAUCCUUAAGCACGAAUUGUGAUAGUAAUAGGACCGACCACGAACAAGAUGCUAAAACGAAACUGUAGUAGGUUACUAUUAAGGGACAUAGCGUCUAACUUUUUUUAUAUGAAGUUAAGGAUUCUAAGUCAAGUUAUGAAUUUCAAUGAGCUCCAAGCUGUUCUAAGGACUGUUUGACGAUAAUCAUAACUUGGCUUAAAAUCCUUAAGCUCAAAGCGAAAAAAUAGGCGUUUGGCCAGUAAAAUUUCCGACUUACCACCUUCUAAGUGUUCUUAGAAGAAACAAAAGACAUACUCCAAUAGAAAUAGUGUAGUUUUUGAUGCAUUUUGCUCGCUUCCAUCAUACUUUUUUAUGUUUUAAGUUUUUUAUUAGUCAUACAUGCUUGUAGAAAUUACAUUUAAUGAUAAACGCGCGUGGCCUCUCUAGUUAUUAAGAAUUUUAUGCAGCUUUUGUACCAACCAAAAAAAAAACAACUUUGUUCGUAAACUUAAAAAAACUUUUUGGGAACAAAUUUUUAAAUAAAU